AUGAGUCUGGAACAACAGCAGCUGUUGUAGUAAUACUAAUGUCACCAGUCUCGCGCAAUUAAUAGCGAAUAGUCUUAAUGCAAACAUUUAUUUCACGCAGUAACAAAGUAACAUUUUUGCCUUGAGAUUGCAGUGUCGUGCACCCGGUGCAUCAUCGUUAGAUGGACCUUUUUGCCCUAAGCAACACUAACCCACUAGUGGAACCGUGUUUUGCUCAAUCUUAUUAGACCGCCUGCUGCUCCCAACUACGGAACGCAGGCAACAGCAUACAGCCAUGGCCGAAAACGGAGGCUUAGAAAAUGAUCGUAUUAAGAGCUUUAAAAACAAAGGCCGCGAUGUCGAGGCAAUGAGAAGACAUCGGAAUGAAGUUUCUGUAGAACUAAGAAAGAAUAAGAGAGAUGAGCACCUGCUGAAAAAAAGAAAUGUUCCACAUGGGGAGAGUCUAGAUGACUCUGAUGUAGACAACGACCUUAAAGGGCAAAAUAUAACCCUGGACACCAUCUUACAGAAUGCCUCCAGUAACAACAGUGUGUUACAGCUCAGUGCAGUUCAAGCUGCCAGGAAGUUGCUUUCGAGUGACAGAAACCCCCCUAUUGAUGAUUUGGUUCAGUCUGGAAUUCUGCCCAUUCUGGUCAAAUGCCUGGACAGAGAUGAUCAGCCUUCUCUCCAAUUUGAAGCUGCCUGGGCUCUUACUAAUAUUGCCUCUGGAACAUCAGUUCAGACACAGGCAGUGGUCCAGUCCAACGCAGUGCCGUUGUUUCUGAGGCUGCUCCACUCCCCACACCAGAAUGUGUGUGAGCAGGCUGUGUGGGCACUUGGCAACAUCAUUGGGGACGGUCCCCAGUGCAGGGAUUAUGUAAUAUCUCUGGGAGUGGUGAAGCCAUUGCUGUCCUUCAUCUGCCCCACUGUACCUCUGUCCUUCCUUCGGAAUGUUACCUGGGUCAUUGUCAACCUGUGCCGCAACAAAGAUCCACCACCGCUGGAGACGGUGCAAGAGAUUCUUCCAGCAUUAUGUGUCCUUAUAUAUCACACUGAUAUUAAUAUUCUGGUUGACACAGUGUGGGCCGUGUCCUAUCUAACUGACGGGGGUAAUGAGCAGAUUCAGAUGGUAAUCGAGUCAGGAGUCGUGCCCUUCCUGGUUCCCUUGCUUAGCCAUCAGGAGGUUAAAGUUCAGACAGCCGCUUUGAGGGCAGUGGGCAACAUUGUCACAGGAACGGAUGAGCAGACACAGGUCGUGCUCAACUGUGAUGUUCUCUCCCACUUCCCCAUACUGCUGACACACCCCAAGGAGAAGAUUAACAAGGAGGCGGUUUGGUUCCUGUCCAAUAUCACUGCAGGAAACCAGCAACAGGUUCAGUCUGUGAUUGAUGCUGGGCUCAUUCCUAUGAUCAUACACCAGUUAGCAAAGGGAGACUUUGGGACUCAGAAAGAAGCAGCAUGGGCAAUCAGCAACCUCACCAUCAGUGGCAAGAAGGAACAGGUGGAGUACCUGGUGCAGCAGGGCGUGGUGCCUCCUCUAUGUGGCUUACUGGGGGUGCGGGACUCACAGGUGGUGCAGGUGGUGCUAGAUGGACUGAAGAACAUACUGCUGGUGGCUGGGGUGCAGGCCAGUGCCGUAGCUGACACCAUUGAAGAGUGUGGAGGUCUGGAAAAGAUUGAGAACUUGCAGCAGCAUGAGAAUGAAGAUAUCUACAAACUGGCUUUUGAACUUAUCGAUCUGUACUUCUCAGGAGACGACAUUGAUGAAGAUCCCAGCCUGAUUCCUGAGAUGACACAAGGAGAGACCUUUUCCUUUGAGCCUGCAAGCAACAUGCAGACUAAGGAAUUCAAAUUCUAGUCCACGCAUAUAGUGGGUAAUGUAUAUGGGCGUAAUCUUGCUUCAAACUGUGUCCACCUUUGGAGCAUCUGCUGAGAUUUCUUUUUUACACACUUGCACAACAGUUCGGUGUCUUUGAACUUAUGGCCAUGGGGCACUGUAAGCCUGCUGCAUUGAACUCUGGGGUGUGUUAAUGCACUUAUUUUUACUAUUAUUAUUGAUUUUUAUUUUUAAUUUCUUGAAGGCAUCAUAAUGCGUUUUAUGUAUAAAAAGAAAACUAUAAAAUGUGAAUAGAACUGGUUUCUCAGAGUUACAAACAAACAAACAGUUCCAGGUUGGUGGACUGUUGAAUAGUCAGGAAAAAGCUAUUUAAAAACAAAAAAUAAUGAAAAAAAAAAUCAGGUUCUACUAAAAUGAGUGGAAGAACUGCUGUGUAUAUUUUUGUUUCCAGUGGACUGAGUACCUAAAAUGUCACUUUUUUAGGAAGCAGGAAAUAGGGCUGCUUACAAACCUGACAUUAGUAAAUUAUUUUUGGUUUAUUUUCCUUCAUGAGUUUCCCCUUUUUGUCUGUUUGUUUACUUUUUAUUUUCACUUUUUUUGUAGGCAGUGUGAUAUUUUUGUGUUUUGAAUGUACAGUAUUGCUUUGGGGCUCCCACAGACACUCGUGUGUGUGUGUGUGUGUGUGUGUGUGUGUGUGUGUGUGUGUGUGUGUG